AUGGGUAGAGAUAGAAAAGACUCUCUCUCCUCCGAUGACUCUUUAAGCAAAAGCGAUUCAUUGAGUCCUUCAAAGGAAAGAUAAGAUAACAAAAACGAGAAAAAUAAUAAGCACAGGUAAAAUUUGCUUUUUUUGUUGUGUCAAUCAGUUAAUUAUAUAUUUAGAUCGUCAUCUGAUUCAUUAUCUUCAGAUGACAGAAAUAAAUCAAAAAAGGAUAAAAAAAGCAAAAGCUCGAAGGAUUCUAAAAAAGAAAAGGAGAAAGAGAAAAAGAAAGAAGAAAAAAGCAAGAAAAGCAAAAAGAAAAUUUCAAAAGAUGAUGUAAAAAACCAGCCAUUUAUUUCAAAAAAUGUUUACUUAUUUUCUUAUAAUUUUUGUAGAAAAAAGAUAAAAAAAAGAAGCACAAAUCGGGAAAAGAUAAAAAAAGUAAGAAGGAAAAAAAAGAAAAAAAGAGUAAAAAGGAUUCGAAAAAGUACGUUUAACAACCAACUAGCAAGGCUUCUAAAAGAUUUGGCAAAUAUGGCAUCAUAAAGUAAAUUAACAAUUUACUUAAAUAAAAAUUUUAUUGAUUAAAUGAAUAAACAAAUAAAGUAAGGAACAUGCAUAUGA